AUGCAUGGAAUACCAAAAGGUCUCGUGUUUGCCAUUUAUUACCCCUUUAUUGCAACAAUUGGAGUUCCAGCCAACCUCUCGGUGAUUCUGAUCCAGUCACGAAGAAGAUGUGGUCUCUCGAGAUGUACCACUGAUUACUUAAUAUCCAUGGCGGUGGCGGAUUUUUUGGUUAUUCUCGUAGCUGGGAUAUUAAACAGGAUUGCUGGUAUUUAUUUCCGAAAGAGUUUCUUGUCCAUCACACCAGUGUGUAGUCUUCGUUCCACCUUAAUUUACACAUCCAUCGACAUUUCUGUUUGGUUAACAGUCGCAUUCACAUUUGAUAGAUUUGUAGCCAUUUGCUGCCAGAAACUAAAAUUAAAACACUGCACCAAAAAAAGGGCGACGUUGAUAAUAGGAGUGAUUUCAACAGUGUGUUGCUUAACAAAAUCCGUAGUGUAUUUUAUAUAUGAACCUUUGUACAUAAUUGAAAAUGUACCUUGGUUCUGCAGAGUGAAAUCAAUAUUUUAUACAUCAUGGGCCUGGGUUACGUAUGAUUGGUUUUAUCGCAUUUUAACCCCUUGCCUCCCAUUCAUUCUGAUUUUGUUUCUCAAUGUUUUGACUGUCAGGCAUAUUCUUCUAGCCAGUAGAGCCCGUCGGCGACUCCGGGUCCAGAAUGAUGAAAAUAAUCAGAGUGACACAGAAAUAGACAGUAGAAGAAAGUCCAUAGUAUUGCUCUUUGCAAUCUCGGGAAGUUUUAUUUUGUUUUAUUCACUGUAUUUUGUAACAUUUCUUUUAGUUAGAAUUUCCAGGCUAACUUACUUCUCAGGUUCAAAUUAUACCAAUUCAAACUUUAUUCUGGAGGAAACAGGAUUUAUGCUUCAGCUUUUGAGUUCCUGCAUUAAUCCAUUUAUUUAUGCAGGAACCCAGAGUAAAUUCAGAGCAGAGUUAAAAAAUGGAUUAAAAUUCCCUCUAAGUAUCAUUGUUAAAUUAUAUAAACGAUAA